AUGAAUAAAUCCCUUCAAUCCCUCAAUUUUGCAGAUACUUUUGUUGACCGCCAUGUCGGUCCUCGUUCGGAAGACAUUGAGUCGAUGCUAGAAAAGAUUGGGUAUGCGUCGUUCGAUGAACUGAUUGGAGACGCACUCCCGGCAAGCAUCCGUUACUACCAGCCACUAAAUCUCGGUAAGCCCCAGACAGAGUCUGAAAUGCUUGCUGACUUGAGGCAAAUCGCAGCCCAGAAUCAGGUCUCACGAUCUUUUAUCGGAAUGGGCUAUUACAACUGCAUUACGCCGCCUGUCAUCCAGAGAAACAUCCUUGAAAACCCCGGAUGGUAUACUGCAUAUACUCCGUAUCAGGCAGAGAUUGCACAAGGACGACUUGAAGCCCUGUUAAACUUUCAGACGAUGAUUAUUGAUCUGACCGGACUGCCAGUUACCAAUGCAUCGUUACUGGAUGAAAGCACGGCAGCAGCUGAAGCGAUGGGAAUGUGCAUAGCCGCCAGUAAGCGCGGCACUAGCAAAACUUUUUUUGUCUCGGAAACUUGCCAUCCCCAGACAAUCGGAGUUUUGAAAACCCGCGCAGAACCGCUGGGGAUUGAGUUAUUGAUUGGCGAUCAUCGGACCGCUGUAUUUGACACGCCCCUUUUGGGUGCGCUUGUCCAAUAUCCGGCAAGCGAUGGUACGGUUUAUGACUAUAGUGAUUUCGCUGAAAAGAUUCAUGAUGCUGACGGAUUAUUAGUGGUCGCCGCUGAUCUUUUGAGCCUCACGCUUUUGAAAUCCCCCGGCGAAUUCGAUGCUGAUAUUGCGGUUGGAUCCACCCAACGGUUUGGGGUGCCAAUAGGAUAUGGCGGUCCCCACGCUGCUUUCCUUUCAACGCGAGAGGAGUUUAAGCGUAAAAUGCCGGGGAGAAUUGCAGGGCUUUCUCAGGAUGUAGAAGGUCAGACUGCAAUUCGUCUCGCGCUCCAGACGCGGGAACAGCAUAUCCGCAGAGAACAAGCGACUAGCAAUAUCUGCACAGCACAGGUGCUCUUGGCAGUAAUGGCGGGGAUGUGUGCAGUCUAUCACGGUCCCGACGGGCUUCGCCGAAUUGCGGAGCGCGUCCAUCUGCUCACAAGUGUUCUCCGUGAAGGAUUGACGCGAUUGGGAUAUGUGCUUGAUGAUAGCUGUUACUUUGAUACAUUCAGCAUCGAUCUGAAUUUACUCAAGGAAUCGAGUUACAUCCGUAAUAUCGAAGCUAAUCAACAGCCGGUUUUCGAUCACUCCCGCGUUGGGAUUUCACUUGAUGAGACGACAACCAUUCAGGAGGUCCGAGAUCUCCUUGAUAUUUUCGCAUUAGGGAGCCCUCUUCCUUUUGCGGUCGAAGGUUUAACUCUUCAAGCGCAAUCGGCAAUUCCUGAGCCGUUGCAACGAAAAAGUGCUUAUCUCACCCAUCCUGUCUUCAAUACUUACCACUCUGAAACAGAGUUGCUGCGGUACAUCCACAAGCUGCAGGAGAAAGAUCUAUCCCUGACCACAUCAAUGAUUCCGCUCGGAUCUUGCACAAUGAAGUUAAACGGCACCGCCGAAAUGCUUGCCGUCACUUGGCCCGAGUUCAGUCAACCUCAUCCGUUUGCCCCUCUUGAACAGACAAAGGGAUACCAAAUCCUUUUUGAGCAACUCGAAGCGUGGUUGGCGGAAUUGACAGGAUUUCCCGGCAUCUCCUUGCAACCGAAUGCCGGAUCGCAAGGAGAGUAUGCGGGGCUUCUAGUCAUACGCAAAUACCAUCAGUUCUAUAGUGAAAGGCAUCGGGAUGUCUGCCUAAUUCCACGGUCUGCACACGGUACGAAUCCUGCCAGCGCGGUGAUGGCGGGGAUGCGGGUGGUGGUGGUCGACUGUGACGAUGAAGGAAAUGUUGACCUCCUGGAUCUUCGGGCAAAGGCAGAACAGCACAGUCAAAAGCUGGCAGCAGCAAUAAUAACCUAUCCUUCGACCCAUGGGGUAUUUGAGGAAAAGAUUCAGGAGAUUUGCGAAAUUGUUCAUCAGCACGGUGGACAGGUCUAUAUGGAUGGCGCAAAUAUGAACGCGAUGGUGGGGUUGUGUCGUCCGGGGGAUUUUGGUCCAGACGUAUGCCACCUGAAUCUGCAUAAAACCUUCUGCAUCCCACACGGCGGAGGAGGCCCUGGAAUGGGACCGAUUGGUGUUAAAGCACAUCUUAUCCCCUUUCUUCCAACCCACCCGGUCGUUCCGGUCAGUGGGAAAGAUGGGAUUAAUCCAGUUUCAGCAGCACCUUGGGGCAGUGCGAGCAUCCUUCCAAUCUCUUGGGCAUACAUUGCGAUGAUGGGAGCGAGGGGACUCAAGCAUGCAACCGAAAUCGCAAUUUUGAACGCGAAUUACAUUGCCAAACGUUUAGAACCUUACUAUUCCGUCCUUUACAAAGGGAGCAAGGACCUUGUCGCGCACGAGUGUAUCAUUGAUCUCCGUGACUUCAAGAAAACUGCUGGCAUCGGAGCAGGUGAUGUUGCUAAACGUCUGAUGGACUACGGUUUCCACGCACCUACUGUAUCGUUUCCGGUUAUGGAAACAAUGAUGAUUGAACCGACCGAAAGCGAAUCUAAGGCCGAGCUAGAUCGCUUCUGUGAAGCGAUGAUCUCUAUCCGGAAAGAAAUCGCCGAAAUUGAGGACGGUCAAGCCGAUCGUUCCGACAACGUUCUCAAAAAAUGCACCCCAUACCGCAGCGCAAGUCACGCAGACCGAGUGGAUUCACGGUUAUUCUCGAGAAAAAGCAGCUUUUCCUGCACCGUGGGUCCGCGAACGCAAGUAUUGGCCCCCCGUCGCACGAAUUAA